AUGCAAACACGACACAAACUCAAGUUCAAUAAACACCACAAACUCAAGAUCAAACACGAAAAUCAAGUUCAAAAACACCACCAACUCAAGUUCAAAAUGACCACAAACUCAAGUUCAACAAACACACAAAAUCAAGUUCAAAAACACCACAAACUCAAGUUCAAACAUGACACAAACUCUAGUUCAACAAAAACUAAAAACUCAAGUUCAAACAAAACACAAACUCAAGUUCAAAAUGACCACAAACUCAAGUUCAACAAAAACCACAAACUCAAGUUCAAACGCGAAACUCAAGUUCAGAAACACCACCAACUCAAGUUCAACAAAUUUCACAAACUCAAGUUCAAAAACAGCACAAACUCAAGUGCAAACACGACACAAACUCAAGUUCAACCAUCACCCAAAUCUCAAAUUUAA